CAUGGUAGUAUACUUUGUUUGUCUAAUGUUUUAAUAUUUAAACAAGAAAACUAAUAUGCUGUUGUUGAAAUACGCACAUCGAUUCCACAGCUAGUCAGUCAUGUGUAUAUAGUAAUAACCUCCUACCGCUGAAGUAGGUUAAACUAGUCAUGUGAUCGCCGGCCGUCGAGAUAAAUAGGUACACCAUAUCAGUUUAUGUUAAGAUUUUCAAACGCACUCGAGGCAGUACACAAAUCUUGGCUUUCUUUCCAGACAAUGACGACAAAGAUGAUGUCACUCGUCCUGCUAGUGUUGAUAGGAGUUACUCACUCGCUGGACAAUGGUCUGGCCAGAACUCCGCCAAUGGGAUGGAUGUCAUGGCAACGAUUUAGAUGCAACAUCGACUGUAAAGACGACAAAUAUAAUUGUAUAAGCGAGGAUCUGUACAUGGAAAUGGCGGACCACCUGGUGUCUGACGGCUACAGGGAUCUCGGCUACGAAUACGUCAACAUCGACGACUGCUGGGCGGCCAAACAGAGAGACAGCGACGGCAAACUCAGGGCGGACCCAGAGAGAUUUCCCAGUGGAAUCAAGAAACUCGCCGACUACGUUCACAGUAAAGGUCUCAAGCUUGGUAUAUACGGAGAUUUCGGAACCCUGACUUGCGGAGGAUAUCCGGGUAGUAAAUUUUACGAGGAACUGGACGCCCAGACUUUCGCUGACUGGGGGGUCGAUUCGUUGAAACUGGAUGGUUGUUAUUCAACUAUAGAUGACUAUGCUAUUGGUUAUCCGUUGAUGGAGUUUUGGCUCAAUAAGACUGGGAGACCUAUACUGUAUUCCUGUAGCUGGCCGGCCUAUGUCGUCUUUUCUCACAAAAUACCCGACUAUGCCGCUAUAGCCAAGAGCUGCAACAUCUGGCGCAACUACGGAGACAUCCAGGAUUCGUGGGGCAGCGUCACCGACAUCAUCCGCUUCUACGGCAACGACAGCGGCAACUUCAGCUCGUUCGCUGGGCCCGGCAACUUCAACGACCCGGACAUGAUAAUAGUCGGUGACUACGGUUUGAGCUUUGACCAGCAACAAGUCCAGAUGGCGCUAUGGGCAAUAAUGGCGUCACCCCUUCUGAUGUCUAAUGACCUAAGAAUUAUCCGAGCAGAAUCCAAAGCAAUCCUGCAAAAUAAGAUGGCAAUAUCAAUAAACCAGGAUCCACUGGGGAUACAGGGAAAGAGAGUGUAUAUGGUAAAAACAUAUGGGCCGAAUUUACGAAAGAACAAUAAGUUUGAAAUUUGGACAAGACCUCUGAAAGAUUCAAGAUUUGCUAUAGCCGCAGUGUAUUAUGGGACUGGAGGAGGACCAACAAGACAAAUGACAUCAUUAGGGAAGAUUGGAUUGACCAAUCAAAAUGGAUACACCCUGACUGACGUGUUCACGGGCCAGCCUGCUGGAAAAUACAGCCUAAACACAACUUUAACUUUACGACCCAACCCGUCCGGCGUUUUGUUUUUCUUAGCUGUCCCACAGUGAGCCCAAAUGGUGCAGAGGUCACUAUAUAUAGACCACUUGUCUACAAAGGACAACGAUGAAAUAAACAGACAUGUUACAUUUUGGCCUUUAUAGGCACGGAUGACCAUAAAUGUUACAUCUUGUUAAUAAAUGUAUACAUCAUUA